UUGGCUUUACAAUAGCUCAGUAUCAACUUGCCAGUAGUGACCCAGUGACUGGCCAGACUGUUCCUGCCUUGCCAAACGGCUCUGAGGCUGACAGCUGCUGACUGCCGCACAGAGAGAAGAUGAAGUAGCUACAGAGAACAACAAGGAGGACAGUUUCUUCAGGAAGAGGGAGUAAUAAGCGCUGCCUGCUGUGACUUUAUAACGAAAGGGAGAGGGAGAGGAACAAUGUCCUAGAGGAGGAGGAGUUGUUUGGACAGAACUGAACGGCCUGCAGGGCCACUACUGACAGGACGAGCCGGUCUAGCCUACCGCUGCGCGCCCGUGACGGUCGGUAUUCCAGCUGUUUCUGUGGGGAAACCUCUGGGGAGAUUACUCAGGAUGCAAGCAUCAGCUCUGGAUAACCGUUAAACGGCGAAGGCAAAAGCCUACAGCUGCAGCAUCCGAGAAAGACCGGUGUGCGUGCGUGCGCGCGCGCAUGCAACAGAGCGUGUGUGUGUGUGUGUGUGUGUGAGUGCGUGUGUGUGCGUGAGUGCGUGUUUGUGUGUGUCACCAUGAGUCUUGUGUCGGGCUUUCCUCACCACACGGUCAUGCACCACCACGACAGCCAUCACUACUCCCUGCACGCCGCCACGGCCGGUCGGUGUCACGAGGAGACCGGUGCUCCUCCUUACUUCACGAGCUGGCUCAUAAGCCACGCGGACAUGUCUCCCACUGAGUACAGCCUCGCGCCCGGCUACAGCCCAGAGUACCAUGGCAACAGCGGCGGCGGGUCUACGGGCGGCCUGGAUCCCCACCAUCACCAUCACCACCACUACGGACCCGGCGGCUUGGUUCCAGGGGCCGGCACCAUCUCAGUGAACGGAGCUACGGUCGGUAUGCACCACCACCACCACACACACCCCCGGACGGUGAAGCGGAGACCCACGGCCAACCGUAAGGAGAGGCGGCGGACCCAGAGCAUUAACUCGGCCUUUGCGGAGCUGAGGGAGUGUAUCCCCAACGUCCCGGCCGACACUAAGCUGUCCAAGAUCAAGACUCUGCGGCUGGCCACCAGCUAUAUCUCCUACCUGAUGGACAUCCUGGACAAGGACGGACAGCACGGAGACACGCAGGCUUUCAAGGCCGAGCUGAAAAAGACAGAGGCUCGGGAGGAGCGGAGGAAGAGAGAGGCGGUGGAGAUCCCUAAGACGACUUCAUCAUCAUCACCUUCAUUCUCAUCGUUGUCCUCCUCAUCAGCGGGCGACAGGAAGAGUAAAGGACGGACAGGGUGGCCUCAACAUGUCUGGGCUCUGGAACUCAAACAGUAGCGCCUCCCCUCCCUCCCUCCCUCGCGCAGGUUAACAGCACUCCCUUGCUCCUCCGGCCUUGUCCUGCAGAAGAGUGAUGGGACAGUACCGACCCGCUCUGAUGAACUGUAAUGGCUGCCAUCAUCGUAUCUCUGGACCUUGAGGCUGUCAACUUCCCACAGAACAGUGGACGCUGUAUAAACUUUUAUAGCUGUGUUCACUUUUUUUUUGGAGUAGAUUUAUAACUCCCCCACCUUUCAUCAGCAGAGACGCUUUCCGUGGCUUUGUGCUGUGUAAGGGUUUGACCUUGAACCCUGAUUUCCUCUUUAAAGUUUACCUCGAGAAAAAAAAAAACCCCACUAAUCACAGAUUCCAUGCUCUUUUUUUUUUUUUGAUUGAAGAUUUUAAUAGAAAAAACAUUUAAAAACACAAAAAAUAGAAAUAUUUACAGCUUCACCAAAUAUAAAAAAAAAAUCCCAAUCAUCAUUUCCCAAUAAUUCAAAAUAGCCUAUUUGAUGUGAGUGGAAGGCUAAUUUAAAAUACAGUAAAUGUCUGUGGACUUGAACUAUAUAUAUAUGUACGUUAGAGACGGACCAGCUGGGUGGGGUCAGAGGGGUUAAAAUAAUAUAUUAUCUGUAACAUUUGACCUCGUGAAUCAAUAGGAUCCACUGUUACAUUCAUCACACAUCCAACUUAACCAGCUUUGCUCAAGUUACUCUCCCUGCCUCUGCUCUCCUUUCAGGGAGCUGACAGUCUAAUGAAAUAGGUGCCAUUUAGUGGAUGGGAUGUAUGCUGAUUUAAGAGUGGUCCAUGGGCUCUUAGGUUCCAACACGUGUACCCUGCCUCUGAGAAAAGUAGUUCCUGCCACUGCUGGAGUGUGAACGGAGAGCGGCAGAGUCUCUCUUCCUAUUGAGGGGAAAACAGAGUUGGGGACGUGCAAAACCAUUUCUCUCUCUCUCUCUUUCUCUCUCUCUCUCUGUCUCUCUCUCUCUCUCCCUCUCUCCCUCUACUCAAAUACUCAAAACAACCCAGCCCACCCCCCCCCCAACCCCCACAUACUCACACACACACGGGGUGUUGACAUGCGCUCUGAUUUAUUUAAUGGAAUAUAUUAUGUGCAAUGUGGCCAAAGACCAAAACAGACUGACAACAGACAUUUACUGAGUUUCAUUGAACAACAAGGUUUAUGGGUUUAUGGUUCCAUCUCUCUCUCUCUCUGUCUCUCUCUCUCUCUCUCUCUCUCUCUCUCCCUCUCUCCCUCUCUGUCUUUUCUCUUGCAACUUUGAAUUGUAAAUGUAGUGACGUCACAGUGAUGAUGAAGUGUCCAUGUUGUGGUGUGGAAAAUAUAGUGGGAGUCUAAAUAAUACUUAAUGUGGGAUGUAAACAUUGUCAUGAAUUGAAUAAACCACCACCUGGUUACAUGCUAGUUGAUGCAAACUGGGUUGAUUUCUUACUUUAAGUCGGUCGUGCAGUUUUCUGUUCACAUUCAUUUAGGUUUGAGAAUGACUCAGAAAUCAGCAGGUUAUGUUAUCCACAGCAACUUCAUGAGCAUUUAGGAGGUAAAACACUUCUCUGUCAGUUUUGUGCUGAUCCGGAUGUAAAUAGAACUCUCAGUUUUUAAGCUGAAAAGAAAUACUUUCAAGUCGCAACAAAAACUGACACUAGAUUUAAAACUGAAUUUUCGACAGCCGCACAAAAAAUAAAUCAUAGUCUACAUAUCGAAAGGACAAACAUAUUUUUAGUUGUCAUAUUUUAUAGGACAUUAUUGGUGUGAUUUAGAUUAUCCUUCGUUGUCUCCUUGUGAUUUCCACAUUCACCACUUUUUAAAAGGCCAUAUUAAAUUUAAGUUAUAUUCACAAAUUAAAUUCAAGAAUUUGACUCAAUGACAAAAAAUAUUUACUUUCUAAUAUAACAGUUGCUGUAUUAGAAACUGACAAUAACUGAAAAAAUGAUUUGUAAUACACAGACCCAAGAUGACUAAUCAUAAACUCAGCAGUGGAUGACCUUCAGCAGAUAUCGCUCUCAGUCCGUGAGCACUGAUGUUGUAUUUGUGUGAAUGUUAAAUGUGAAUUACUCUGAACAGCAGGUGGAUUUGUCGCUGUUUUUUUCCGCCUGUGGUGACACACUUCUGUGAUCUGUGACACCAGCAAGAAAAUAUGAGAGUCAAACAUUCUCACAUCCCGUUGAAUAAUGAUCAGGAGGCCGGAGCGAAAGGGUCAUGGUUUCAAUCUUAUCGGUUUUUCUGUUAAAAUAUCUGAAAUAUGUCACAGCAUGGGUUGAACUCGUCCCAUCACUUUGCUCUAUCUAAAUGACGGCUGCCAUUAAAGCCUUUCUAUUUUUACAAACAAUAGGCCGAGAUCCCUGUCGGUCCUGCAGAGGCUUCAUCAUGUUUCUGUGGCAAACCUUUGUGGCGCCUUUACUGUGGCACGUUGGGCGACCCACUGCGGCUGAUGUGCGAGUCCUCAAAAAUGUUAACAGUCAUGUGGAGAGUCUUCAUGGUCAAACUGAGCUUCUUCAUUUAUUCUGCUACAUUUCUCUGGUGCCGGCAGGGUUAGUUGUUGAGAAGACCAUGAAGGAAAUACUAGGGAAUCUUCUUGUUUAUAGCAAUGCUGGUUGUUCCUAUCACUAAGCACUGCCUAAUUGUAUACAAUAUAUCGAUAACUCAUAAACUUAAUGUGGAGAACGAUGAUUCACUACAUACACACUGUUUUCCACCAAUGUAAAGUGAGUAUAUUUGCAGCUCUAGUUAUAAAUGGAUGUGUAUUUAGCAUGAUUUAUGAAUUAAAUAUAAGUUUCUACGUCCUGAGAAAAUAAAAAUUCCAUAUACUUUGAUUUGUUUUAUAUUUGUGGCAAAUAAAUGAUCCAAAACUUGUACCAGUCAAACACAAAAACAAAUAACUGCCCGACUAUGAUUUUUGUCAUGUUAACAGCAGGAACACCGGCACGCUUUCAGACAACCCCAUAGAACAGUUAUUGACAUGCUGCGUGCUCUUAACAUUACCAAGGUAUCUGAUGGAGCUGUCAAUCAGCUGUCCAUUGAUCAGGCCUUAUCUGGCAUCCAGGUCGGUAUGCUGAUAGGAGACGGGGAAAAAGAGCUUGAGAGGAUAAGUCUCGUUCUGACAAAGACUAGCACGAGAUGUAAUGGCCUGAGUCUGGCCUCGGGUGAAGACAGGAGUGCAGAUAAUUAGUGAGAGAGCUGGCGUCAGACAGAGAUGACCUCACAAUGACCGGGACACAAACCUGCACACGCACACACACACACACACACACACACACACACAUAAAUACCCAUGCACCUACCAAAAAGUGGAGUGGAAAUAACAAUCAGCCCGGGACUUUAGACCUGGACUGGCCCAUCGAAACCCUUAC